CUUUUACGUAUAUAACAUACUAUAUAAAUAAAACAAUUUUGGAUUUUCGUAAACGCUAUAGAAAAUAAACUCGCGUGAGAUUCUUGUUAAGGAUCGAUACCUAGUACUUAUCACGUAAACUUGAACUUGACUGUGAAUGAUGGAAAUCCGGUUGAAUUUUUACUUAUUUUUAACGUCUUUGUCAACGUGUUUGCUACAUUUCGCUACAGCUGCAAAAAACGGUACGCCAUGCGUUACGCCAAAUCGGGUGUCAGCCACUUGUAUUUACUUGGAAGAAUGUCGUUUCCUCUACGAAUUGGUACUAGAUCCAAAUCUCUCGAAAAACGAUCGUAGUUAUUUGCGUAGCAGUCAGUGUGGUUAUAAGAAUGGCACAGUGUUGAUAUGUUGUGCCCCGGAUUAUAUUAAUCUAAGCGCUACUACAACUCCACCGCCAGCACAUGAAGACAAACCCAUGAUCUUUCCAGAGUCCAUUGUUUCAAAGCCAAGCCCAACCACAGUCGCCAGCGUUAACAUUAAGGCCAAUAAUUCACAUUUACUACCAAAUUUUCCGCAAUGCGGUAAUAUGCUUGACCACCGUAUUUAUGGUGGAGUCGAAACGGAGUUGGAUGAAUUUCCGUGGCUGGCACUAUUUGAAUACACAAACCGGAAUGGUGUGACUGGGCAUUAUUGUGGCGGAGCAUUAAUCAACGAUCGAUAUGUUUUAACAGCGGCACAUUGCGUCUUUGAUAAAGAUAUUCCAGCUGGUUGGCGUUUAACGGCCAUACGCUUAGGCGAGUGGGAUACACGCACUGAUCCCGACUGCUCACAUGACUUUUGUGCGCCCAAAUAUCGAAAUACCUACAUUGAACGGUUCACAACACAUCCGAAUUAUAGAAAGCAGAAUGACCCGAAUGACAUUGCUUUGGUGCGUCUAACAGAAACGGUUCCGUAUAGUGAUUUUGUUAAACCAAUUUGCUUACCGAGAACACCUACGCUGCGUAAUGAGACUUUUCUGAAUGUCGUAAUGGAUGUGGCCGGUUGGGGUAAAACGGAGAAAACCAAAAAUAAUCCAGUUAAAUUGAAAACCGCCAUUAAGGUGAAAGACAUGAGUGUGUGUGUACAAAAAUAUUCCCUUUUAAAUAUACAGUUGGAAGAGUCACAAUUGUGCGCGGGUGGUGAAGCCGGUAAUGAUUCCUGUAACGGCGAUUCGGGUGGUCCACUAAUGUAUCAAGAUAUUGUAAAUGGCAAACCGGUUUAUUUUGUGGCGGGUAUAGUUUCGUUUGGACCGAGCAUAUGCGGUGUGAGCGGUUGGCCGGCGAUUUACACAAGAGUUGGCGCAUUUAUAGACUGGAUUGAGAGCAAUAUAGCACCAUAGGCUGAUUGGAGUAACAAUUUUCAAUGUGGUAGAAAUUAUUAAUGUACUGCAAGCAUAACUGUGAAUGUCGUUAGUCAAUAGAAAAAUUACAGAAAUAAAGUUAAGGAAUUAUAAUGCUAGAUGUUUCAAAUA